AUGCCUGGGGCAGCUACUGCUAUCCGACAAGAGAGACUGAAGAAGACAAGUGCAAGGACAAAUCCCCCUGGUUUAUUCACCAUUAACGAAGAAGAUGAGCAGCAAAAGAAUGGAAAUUCCAAAAGACUGAAAGCAUCAGAAGACUCUAAAGUGCAAGACAAGAAAGCUGCUUCUUCCAGCCUUCCCAAUUCUGCUGCUUCAGGGCAAAGCCCCAACAACUCUGCAGCUAAAGCAGACCAUCCACCUGUACUAAAAGUUGAUGACAGACAACGGCUUGCUAGGAUACGGAGAGAGGAACUGGAAAAGCAGUUAGCUGCAAGAGAAUCAGUCUGGUUAGAAAAAGAAGAGAGGGCACGGCAGCAUUAUGAAAAACACCUGGAGGAACGCAAAAAGAAGUUAGAAGAACAGAGGCUAAAAGAAGAGAAAAGGCGAGCUGCAGUAGAGGAAAAACGAAAGCAGAGAAUAGAAGAGGACAAGGAACGACAUGAAGCUGUUGUACGCCGUACAAUCGAGAGGAGCCAGAAGCCCAAACAAAAGCAAAACAGGUGGUCCUGGGGAGGACCCAUUCAUAGAAGCAGCAGCAUUAAUAAUACAGGUUAUUUUGUUGAAUCAUCAUUCACCUUUCUCGAUUUAGCAGGCCUGGAGCACCACUUCAGAUCUCUGGGUGGUGCUAGAAAACCCGAUCCAGACAGGCGGUCUGUUUCAACAAUGAACCUCUCGAAACAUGUUGAUCCAGUCAUUAACAAGCGGCUCUCCUCCUCAUCUGCAACAUUACUAAAUUCUCCAGACAGAGCUCGCCGUCUAAAUCUCAGUGCAUUGGAGAAGAGCAUUGUUAGCAGACUGCUGAUGCCCACACAUUCAUUCCUGGCCAGAAGUAAAAGCACAGCUGCCUUGUCUGGAGAUUCAGUUAUCCCCAUUUGUCCUCGUUCAGCAUCUUGCAGCCCCAUCAGCCCUCUGUCCUACAAGGCCAUGAACUGUAGAAAUCCAGCAGACCGACCAAAAUUCUUUGACACAACAAGUGGACGUAGGAGGACCACACACUCAGCAGGGACUGAAAAAAAAGAAAAGGACCUCUCCUCCAGCGUAAAGAGACUUCACUCUCCUUCCAAUCCCAAAACUAGAUCACUAGCUCUCUCCCCAGUUUGGCAUGCAUCCAAGUCCUUGCCUUUUUUGCCUGGCACCCCCAAACAGAUAACCUCCCCACCUGGCUCUUCCAAAGUGCCCUCCUCUCAGACACGCCCUCCCUCCCCUGGCAAUAUCCGACCGAGCAAAAAAGAGCUGAAACCAGAUAGUCAGAAAAAAAGACUGGAAAAGGAGCCCGAGAAGGCAGCUGAGGAACAGACAGAAGAGAGUAAAGCAAUUUCAGCAAGUGCUGGAGAAUCCGCAAUCAGGGAAGGUCUUUCUGUCAAAUUAGAGCCGGCUCAAGCUGCUCCAGCUUUGCCCCCUGCUCCACCAGCAACUUCACCAUCCCCUGUUUCUAGCAAGGCUUCAGCAGGUACUACUGACCCGGAAGAAGCAACAAGACUGCUUACUGAAAAGAGGCGGCUGGCCCGUGAGCAGCGAGAACGAGAGGAGCAAGAAAGGAAGGAGAGGGAAGAGACUGAAAGGCUAAAGAAGGAGGCGUUGUCACAGAAGAUAGCUGAAGAGAGAGCUCGCCGGGAGGAGGAGGAGGCUCGCAGGCAAGAGGCGGAGAGAAAGCGAAGGGAGGUAGAGCAGGAGCGAGAAAAGGAAGAAGAGCUACGCCGGCAGGCAGAAGAAAGAGACCAGAAAGAGAAGGAGGAGAUGGAGCGCAUUCAGAAACAAAAAGAAGAAGCGGCUCGCCAGAGUGAAGAGGCAGAGCGGAUUCGGUUAGAGCGUGAAAAACGUUCCCAAAGAGAAGAACAAGAGCGCUUAGAAAGGAAGAAGCGACUUGAGGAGAUCAUGAAAAGAACUAGGCGCACAGAAGCUGUAGAUAAGAAAUCUAAUGAACAGCAAAAUGGAGAGAUAUCUAAGGCAAAUGUUACUGGAGAAACAGCAACCAGUCCCACAUCUCCCUUAGAAUCUGUAGUUGCAUCUCAGCUUCAGCAUGUGACAGAAUCACCACACAAUGGGGAAUCGGUAACCCACUCACAGAUAGUCAUUUCACAUCAACCUACAGUAAAUAUGGACAGUAAUCUCAAUCCUGGAAAAGAACCAAAUGAAAAUGGAGUGUCUAUGCAGAAUGACAACUUUGAAGAGAUCAUAAACUUACCCAUUGGAUCUAAACCAUCCACAUUGGAUGCCUUGAACAAUGAUGGAAGCAAUAGCCCUGAAAUUCCUUUGAAUCCAAUUUUAGCCUUUGAAGAUAAGGGGACUCUGGGGCCAUUGCCUCAGGUAGAUAGUGUUCAAACACAUCAAACAGCAGACCGUACUCCGUUAUCAAAACAUUAA